UUUUUUUUUAAAUUAUUUAUUUUUAAUUACGCGUUCCUUUAUUUAUUUGUGAGCAGCUUCAUUUAUUGGAACAUUAAUUCUAUUAUUUGGAUUAUAUCGCUCGAGAAAAAAAAUCUAUCAAUAGAACAUAAAUAUGUCAGAAUUAUCAACACCCAAUGCGCACCUCCAACUCUCUGUCAAUGAUCUGCUUCAUCCUACCGAAAAAUCAGAGUCAUUACUUGAAGCAUUAACAUCAUCUCAACUUGAAGAAAUAGAAAAAACCUUACUGAAAAUCAAAGAAAAGAAGCAAACAUUACCACAAAAGCUAGCUACUCCUAUCCCUAUUACACAGACCGCUAGUCCAUCAACUUUGCAUCAUGAUUGGACUCUUGUCGCAGCACAGAUAGCCAAAGCUCUUGCCGAUAGCAUUACAGGUGUCAACACAUCCACAGCAAAUCUAAAGACAAAUGCUAAGCCACCAACUCAUACCGGAACAGUUUCCGAUAAAACCUCGUCGUCUACAGCCAGCUCACCUCACACCAAACCUAGCAAUGAUACAAAGAAUGUAGCCAUCAGCUCUUCAAGUGGCUCUGUUAUUCCUAAUCAUGAACCCCGUACAGAAGUUCGUGAUGGUGUUGAAUGGGUCAGCUUUGUUUAUUCCCACCAUCGAGUGCUACGAAGAUAUUCGAUUCGUACUGAUGUUGAUAAAGUAGACCUUUGUAUCUUGGGCGACCAAUUCAAAAGUGACAACUGUGUUUAUCCUCGUGCCAAUUUACCUCGAGAAGAAUACAAAGGCAAUCGCUGGGCCUACGAAACUGAGUGCAAUACAUUAGGCUGGAAACUUGCUUAUCUCAACACCGAAGAAAUUGCUGGCAAACGUGGUCUCAUUCAACGUGCUGUCGACUCUUAUCGUAACCGUUAUCCUAGUAUGCGUUCCCGCCGUGUUGCUCGUCAAGAAAAAUUAUUAAAGGGUACACUGCGCAAACGUAAGCAGCAACGUGACUCUGAAGAGCCUAAUGACAACACUGAUCGUCCUGUCAAGUCUGCCAAAACUGACAAAACAAAUUCAAGCUCCGUUGCCGCGAAUACAAACAAUAAGCAUCAUGACUUACCUAAAACUGUCUCCAUUGAUGAUGGCAUUGGUGGUACCAAAUACCGCAUUCGCAUUAAUGUAGAUUCAGUAUCACUUGAUUCUAUUGACCAAGAAUUUCGUAAGGCCAAUUGUGUUUAUCCUCGUGCCAUGGAAAUUAAUACCAUGUCUCCCUUUGCAUCCCAGCGUCAACUUGAAGAAGCUAAAUGCAACGAACUUGGUUGGAAGCUAGCCUGGUUGAACCCCAAGCAACUUGCUAACCGUAAAAGCUUGCUUCAACGUGUUCUUGAUGUUUACCGAACCAAGUUCUUACCUGAACUAAAGAUUCGCAAGAACUCUUUGCGCACACCUAGCGUUCCAACUGGCCUUUCUAUAGAUACAAGCGUAUUGGGUGUCAAGGCUCCUUCUACACCUUUAACAGUAGAUGCACUUGCUACGCCUAAGCGUGACAGUGUUGAGGAUAAUGAAUCAUUUUACAGUGCUUCAGCAAACCCCAUUGAUUUCCAUGAUUGCUUCUCUCCUGACUCCAACGAUACAAACCAUGAUGCUUGUAUUUCGCCCUCCACUUCUAACUCUCCUACCUUGUCCCCCAAUGCCUCCAAGAAGGAUUUGAUGUUACCUGGUUCUGAUGACCAGUUAAUUUUGAGUGCAUCGAAGCACCCUUUAUCCACUGAUGACGAUGAUGCCAAGCCUUGUCGUCGCAGUAUCAGCAGCAGCAGCAGCAGUGCUGGAUCUGACUCGGCUUCCUCACCUUAUUUCAAGACAGAGCAAGUUGAUGACGCCUUUUUCAAAGACUCUUCCAUGUUUGAACUGUAUGCUGAGCCUAUUCAGCUUCCUUCUGCUGGUGUUGACUUUGAACAAAGCGAGUACACCAAGAAUGAAGAUGAACAUUCUAUAGAUCCUCUUAUGAGCCAGUUGUUCCAUAUAUAACAACACUCCAUCCUCUAUCAUUUUGUACAUACAGUAUAUACCAAGUUACUUUCAAGCAAUUCUUUAAUAUUUAUUAGCAUCACCACCCCUCUCCUCUUAUGUAAAUUUCAAAUAAAACGCACGUAUUGGACACUUUCCAAUGUGCUUGUAUCACCUUAAAAACGGUAUAAUAGUUUCUCCAUUUUUCGUUCUCUCUCUCUCUCUUUUCUUUUAAGUAUACUUACU